AUGGACGUUCUUUAUUCAUUGUUUGAUGUCAAUAAUCAACGACUUGUCAACAUAACACAAGAAAAUACUUUCACUAAUACUCUCAAUUUUGUAUUUACAACAUUAACUGAUGAUAUUUUAUCAAUUUCUGAUCCAAUUAUUGAUCGAUUCUUCAUGAAUAUAUUGCCAAGAAUUCAUUAUAAUGUUAAAUCUCUUAUUCUUAAUUCAUUAUCUAGGGAACGUAUUCUUGCUAGUGAUUAUCCUAAUUUAAGUGAACUGAAAAUCUUCAAUGUUAAUGUUAAAGUUGCUUCACAUUAUUUUACAGAUCAACAAGUGGAGUGUAUGAUCAAGUAUCGACGUUUUCCUGAUGUGAAAUAUCAUUUAUUUUCAUUACCAUUCAUGUUUGAUGGUCUCCAGUUUCUUGAUAAUACAUUUCCAAAUAUUAUUUUCAAUCAUGUUAUAAGAUUGGUGGUGGAUGACAACAUUCCAUUCGAACAUGAAUUUUUCAUGAGAAUUGCUUGGUGUUUUCCUUUACUUAAAGUAUUAACUGUUUAUAAUGCUACGUCACAGUCACCAAUAUUAAAUUAUAAUGAUAAUCAAUUAUACCCAACAACUAUUGAAUAUCCUUAUCUUACUUCGCUUUAUCUUUUAUUGGUUCAUGGUGAUUAUGUCAACCGAUUUCUUAAUGAUAGAAAAACACAUCUACCUCAUCUAACCGUAUUAUCAGUAAAUUACAAUGAUUUAAGAAACGUCACGAGAAACUUUACAAACGAUAGAAUACGACUGAAUUGUAUACAAUUGAAACAAUUAAGUAUAGGUCCUCAAAAAAUUGCACAUUCAGAAGAUUUCUAUGCUUAUUUUCCUUUGUUGUAA